UCUUUUUUUCUGCCUGGCCUGGUAACUUUGAAGAAACAGUUAAAGUGAACAGUUAACAUCUGCAAGAGAUUGUCUAGUGUACCUACCUGAAGAAAUAAUGCCACAAUUUAGUAAAAGUCCCUCCCGCCCUCCGUGGUUCUUGCAUCCAGAAAAAGGCCUGAGGCAUUCCCGGUUAUCCGGGAACUUGAACCUGUUCAGAGCAGGACGCUUCGGCGGGAACCCAGGAUGGCAUUCAGCGCCGCCUUCCUUUCGCUAGGCGCUAGCGAAGUGGCACGGGAGGCAGAGGACAACCGGAGCCGGCCUCUCUCUGUGCGGUCCCGGAGGCCUGGGCGCGCGGCGUGUGCGAGGUCGGGCGGGCGCGCGGGGAGGGCGGCAGGCGGGGCAGGGACGCCACAGCUCGGCUCCCGAAAGGCCGCCCCAUGGCCCCGCCGCGCCCGCCCCGCCUGGUGCCCGCGCUGCGCGCCCUGCUGUACUGGUCCCUAGUGUACGGCUACUGCGGGCUGUGCGCCUCCGUCCACCUGCUCAAACUUUUGUGGAGCAUCGGCAAGGCACCGGCUCAGACCUUCCGCCGGGCGGCCCGGACAAACCCUCCGGCGUGCCUGAACGACCCCUCCUUGGGUACCCACUGCUACGUGCGGAUCAAGGAUUCAGGGUUAAGAUUUCACUAUGUUGCCGCCGGAGAAAGGGGCAGACCACUCAUGCUACUACUUCAUGGAUUUCCAGAAUUCUGGUAUUCUUGGCGGCAUCAACUAAGAGAAUUUAAGAGUGAGUACCGAGUUGUCGCACUGGAUCUGAGAGGUUACGGAGAGUCAGACGCGCCCAUUCACCAAGAGAGUUAUAAACUCGACUGUCUAAUUGCAGAUAUAAAGGAUGUUUUAGACACCUUAGGGUAUAGCAAAUGUGUCCUGAUUGGCCACGACUGGGGAGGCAUGAUUGCCUGGCUGAUUUCCAUCUGCUACCCUGAGAUGAUAAUGAAGCUUGUUGUUAUUAACUUCCCACAUCCAAGUGUAUUUGCAGACUACAUACUUCGGCACCCUGCCCAACUGUUCAGAUCUAGCUUCUAUUACUUCUUCCAAAUACCAUGGUUGCCAGAAUUUAUGUUCUCAAUUAAUGAUUUCAAGGCUUUGAAACACCUGUUCACCAGUCAGAGCACUGGCAUUGGAAGGAAAGGACGUAGGCUGACGACAGAGGAUCUAGAAGCUUACAUUUAUGUCUUCUCACAGCCUGGGGCACUGAGCGGUCCAAUUAACCAUUACCGAAACAUUUUCAACUGUCUGCCUCUCAAACAUCACAUGGUGACGACCCCGACACUACUCCUGUGGGGAGAGGAAGAUGCGUUUAUGGAGGCGGAGAUGGCUGAAGUCACAAAGACUUAUGUUAAAAACUAUUUCAGACUCACCAUUUUGUCAGAAGGUAGCCACUGGCUUCAGCAAGACCAACCUGACACAGUGAACAGGCUGAUCUGGGCAUUCCUCAGGGAGGAGAGGAGAGAAUGACUUCAUUUCCUGUGAGGAGUCUCUUAUGGAAUCCAGAAAAACUUAAGACUUGUUCAUCAACUUAAGUUUUAUUAGAAAAAAACCCCACCCAUUUUAA